GUUUGAUGAUGGUGCAAGGGGGGCCCAUCUCACUUAAAGCAUGGUGAAAACAUUUUUAGAGGUGUGCCUUCACAAAAUAAACAUCCCACAGUACUUCAUUUACCUUCAUGGUGGACUCCAAAACAAGGUGCCCCAUUCUUCAAACAAUAUCCAUGUUUCUAUAUGGAGAAAAAGGAAUUCAUCUUCCCAGGUAGUUCAGGGUGGCCUUUUGUAAUCAAAAUGCUGCCAACUUUCAUGGUGCCUGCUCCCACCUGUCCUAACUUCCUCUAACAUGGUUCAGGCAGAUGCCGGUUGGGUGGUCCUUUUAAUGGACUGAAAAAUAUGUUGUUCUUGGCACCCUCUUUCUCCAUCAUCUCCCACGUUGAAAAUAAGAGAGGCUGGUCGUUCUGGGGUUAGGAAUAUUGCAUGAAAGAUGCCCAGUGACAUCAGGGGAACGUUUCCUACCUGUCCUCCAACCCCCCAAGCAAGCACCAAGGCAAACCAACCUGGAGGGGGGGGGCAUUUGGUUCCACCUCGAAGGGCGGUUCUCGUGCCACACAACUUCGUGCCUUUAACUGUGCGGUAGACCAGACACCGUCUACAUUGGUGGUGGGGGAGAACACCAAAGGGCAUCUGGAGAGCUGGGUGUGAUUCCCCACUCCUCCGCUUGAAGACAGCUGGGUCACCUUGGCCGAGACACAGUUCUUUGGAGCUCUCUCAGCAACACCCACCUCACAGGGUGACUUUUUUGGGGGAAUAAUAACAGUUAGUAAACCGCUCUGAGUGGGCAUUAGGUUGUCCUGAAGGGCGGUAUAUAAAUCGAAUGCUAUUAUUAUUAUUAUAGGGGAAAAUAGGGCACAAGUCACCUCACCUUACAGAGCAACCCAAAACACAAUUGCUAUAAGAAAGGAUUUUUUAUGUCACUUGUUUGAAUAUAAAAACCGGUGGGUGCAGACCUAAGGCCGUGACAGCAUUCCCUCAACCAGAGAGAUAACACUACGUAAUUCACACACAAUAAUCCCCCGAUCAAAAUUGCUGGCAGAAUUUGUGCAUGCUAUUUGUGUUAUUUGGUGUUGUGGGCUGCUUUCGUGUCCUGUUGUGCCCACCAAAUGGGAACCUGAAAGACCUUAAAGAAAUAAUUUUUUUUAUUUCCCGUAAUAGAGUUUGGUUUAAUUCUGCACAGUAUGGUUAGUUGUGUUAUGUACUGCCUGUGUUAUGUCUCACACUGUCCUUCUCAAUUUUAGUUUGAAGGAGAGAAUGGUUUUUUUAUAAUAGAGUACUUUGGUGUGUGGUUGUCAUUUUUCCUUUGUUCUGUAGGUGGUUCCCAUCGCAGGGAACACUGUGGAAGUGUGACGUUGGGGGAGGGUGUUUGUGGAUCUGAUGCUGUUUCACACGGAUAAGCUAGCAUUCAACAGUGUGCUGACCAUCUUGGCACCCCUGGGCUGUGCAAUGAUGAACCCUUUUUUUCACUUUCUCUCUUUGUGGAAACCCCUCCUGCUCACUUGAUGCCCACCAAACAGAACAUUUCUUACCAUGAUGUUAUAAAAAUUUAUUUCAAAACAGGAAUGGAACAAUGAGAAUUCACUCAUUAGAUCAUCAUUGAAUCUCUAAACAAAGCUUUCUAACAAACCAUGUUUCAUAGGAAUCCAGCACUUGCAACUGAAUGCAUGACACAUCCAAUCAAGGCAAAACCAACAAGAAACAUUUUUUGAAACCGUGAGUCCAACCUCUGAACAUGCAACAAGUUCAACCACAGAUUUUUUCACAAUCAGACUGAAGAGUUUUUUAUAUUGUUAGAUUUCUCUGUUUCGAAACAUGUGGCGUGCAAGGGCAUCGCGCACCAACUUCCCCUCCUCCCGGUGCCUUCUGUCUCCCACAGGGAGUUCAAGAGAUUCCUCAUCCACCUCCACAGGCCUCACGGGAGAAUCAUCCUCUGGAAUGCCAUGACCUUUCAAUUCACAAAUGUUAUGUAGCACCACACACGCGGUAGCUAUGCAGGUCACAUUCUCCUCCGCAACCAUAAGCUGUGACCUCAAACACCUCCAGCGCCCCUUCAAACGUCCGAAACAUCUUUCCACUAUGGUCCUAGCUCUGGUGAGGCAGCGGUCAAAGUAUGCUUCUGCGGGAGUGUGGGGCCUAUUGAAGGGCUUCAUCAGCCACCUUCUCAUGGGGUAGGCUGCAUCAGAUAUGAUGAGUGGUGGCACGGUUACACCCUCUAUUGUAAGACUGGGGUUGCCUGGCACAAACACCCCCGCAUCCAUUGCCGUACAAAUUGCAGAAUUCACAAAAACAAAGGCGUCAUGGUUCCGCCCACUCCAGCCAACCUCUGCAUCAAUGAAUCUUCCAGUAUGGUCCACCGUGCCCUGGAUGAGAAUGGAAUUGAAUUUCUUGCGGUUGAUGUACUCCCGUCCACGGCCUUUAAAUUUGCAAAUGGCAACAUGGGUGCCAUCAACUGCACCAAUGCAAUGAGGAAAGCCAAGUUUCUGAAAUCCAGACAUAAUCUGCAAUGAAAGAGAAAAAAACAAGAUUGCUGUUAGAGAGAAUCCCCUCUUUCUCCCACCGCCUAUAUUCAUAAUCUCCUCACUACAGCGCUGAGGCAGUCUCACAUCUCCAGAAUCCAGAGGAGUUAGCCAUAGUCUGUACUAGUGAAAUAAAAAAGAGUACAGUAGAACCCUCAGCACUUGCAAAUUUUACUGUAGCUCAAGCUUUUGAGAAUCACAGUUCGCUUGUUCAAACGCACAAGAAAAAAGGGAACCGCGACUCUCGAAAGCUCAUGGCACGAUAAAAUUGGUUUAAAGGUGCAGCUCAUUGCCUACGUGUCAGCAACAUAGUUUUUUGUGCUUCAAAUUGUAAUCUUUGACCAGUACAGUUUGAAUGGAGACUGUUACUCUGGGAGAUGAGUGCGUACUCACCCUCGCCACAUCAGGUCCAAGGCACACGACUCUACUGAGUAGCUCCAAUUCUAUCGCCAAGCAGACCUCCAAGACGAUUCCUGCCACUGUUGAAAUACCCACUCCGAAUUGGUUCAUGCAUUGACGGUAAGUCGAACAGUUGGCAAGAUACCAAAGUGCUAUGGCGACUCUCAUCUCCACAGAGAUUGGAUUGCGAAGUCUGGUGCGCUGACGGGAAAGACGGUGCCCUAUGGAAUGAACCAAUUCAUUGAAAGUCUCCCUGGUCAUACGAAAAUUUUCAAUCCACAGCUGGUCAUCCCAUAUGGCAGUGACGAAAUUGUCCCACCAGUCCCUGCUACGGGGAUAAAUCCAGUAGCGACGGGGGACUCUGAUUCCGGCUACAGCGAGAAAACGUGCUCUGUUCAUUGCUGUUCUCCUUGUUCUCCAUAAAGGCGGAGGUAUGCACCUCAGUGCAAGUGAUUUCCUAAGCAUUCUCCUUCUUCUAACCACUCGCAUCCAGUAACUGUUGCAGGCAUCGAUCGAUCGCUGAAUAUAGAUAAAGAUGAUGUGAAGCAAGGCCAGUGCCAAUGCUCGGACCGCAGACAUAAUUCAGCAGAAUAAAAUCGGGCUCAAAAAAUCCUCCGCAAUUCCAAAGUAUGCCGUGAGACAAAUGUGUUCACAAGAGUGGAGAACGCACAGUUCCAAGGAAAACUCCCGCCCAAGUUGGCCAGCCUAUCAUCGUGGCCACAUUUUUGGCGGGAGAAAAAUCAUGACUUCCUAGAGGGGAGGAAGGACAUUUGCUAGGGAUAGUUGUGCUUGUGUCUUUUAGGGCAAAGAGCAUAGAGUAGACUUGCAGGAGCAGAUUGACCAGUUCUUCCACUCAAAUGUCGCGAUGACUACACAUGUGAUGGAGCAAAAUUAAGAGGGGCGGAUUACAGUGGAUUGAUGUGUUGACCCCCUCCCCAGUCCAGUUUUCCUGACUCUGAAACACCUAAAAAAAAAAAAAAAGCGGUAUGUAUGUUUUGUGAAGUAGCGCUUUGUUUUAUUAAAAAAAAAGUACUCGGUCCCGUUUUUUUCAAGCACAAGGAAUGCAGUCAGUCUAAAGCGUUGUGUGAUUCUUUGCCCUGUCAAUUCGCACACGCACCACUGUCUUGUUCGGUUCCCACAAUUUCUUUCCCCUUUACUAGUCACGUGAUGGAAAAGAAAUCGAGUUUCACGUUCAUCCAUCCACGAAAGAGUAAAAAACGGUGCGGUAGGGUAGGAAAUCUUGUCCUAGAUUUUUUUUUAAAAUGGUUUAUCUGUGUUCACCACGAAUUAAACAAAAAUACACUUCAAUGUCACAGUCACAAGUCCACACGCUUCUGAGAAAUUAUCAUAAGCCUCCACUUGAUCUGUCCACCAAAAUAAAUUUUUACUUGAGAACAUUCCAUGUUUUUGGCGGGCACUAAGACGAUUGGCUAAAAUCGUUGAGGGGGCGGGCGGAUGAAAUGGGAGACCAAUCACUCUUGAGAGAACUUUUUGGAAUUUGUGUGUGGCGCAGUUCACUUGGUGCAAAAUGAUUUCCCGGCGUCAUGGAAAUGUCUGGGAAGUGGAGGAGGUAUCUCUUCUUCUGAGGGUUGUUCGGAGGAGUGGGCAUGCAUCUCGGUUAAUGGCCAGCACGCAAUCAAGCAACCGCGGCAUCUAUCGAUUUCUUUCAAGAGUGCUACGCAGUCGCGGAUUUCAUCGAACGGCCAACCAGUGUCGAAGCAAAUUCCAAAAACUGAAGUCCGAUUUCAUUUCAUCAAUGGAGGCACUGCAAUGCAUUCCUAGAAGCAGUCGUAGAAUUAGGGUGCACAACGCGAUGAUGCUAAUCUGGAAGGCGGCAGGGAGGCCUCGAUGUCAAGAAAGACCUCAUGAUGAGAUUAUCUGUGAAAGAGCAGUCAAGAUUGAAGAAACUUCAUCUGAGGAUGAUGAGAAUUCAGAAACUGUUGCAGUGGAAUCAUCAAGUGCAGCAGAAUCUGAUGCGCAAGCCUAUGCACCUCUUGGAGUGACAACUGAAGACCCAGCAAAGAUCAAUACAGCAGCAGUUCCUCAAGCUUCAGAGAGAGAAAGAACAGAUGACAGUGGAUCUCAUUGCCUAGAAACUGAAGAAACCGUAAUCGUUAUAUCUUCCGGCAGUAGUCACGAAGAAGCAACUGAUGACAUGACUGCUCCUGAAACCAUAAUGCCCGGAGAUGUAUCUCCACAACCGAGUACCUCAGCUUCUUUAGCAACACACAGUGGUGCCGCAGUGAGAAAGUAUGCCAUGAGCGCUGAGCACAAACUUCACAUAAUUGAGGAAACAACUUCUUCUGAUGCUGAGGAUGAGGACAGAAACGCCGUUGAGGAAGGCAGAACCGAGGAUGCAGAGGGAACUCCAGUUCUCUCAUUUUCCACAGGUGAUACUUCAGCGGGAGGUUUGCGUGACAUGAUGCCAAAUAAAGACCAAUCCGCUGAUAUUGGCGAGAUCUAUCGUAGUAUGCAGGGAAUACAAUCUCUAUGUCUAUCAAGAAUGGGAAGAUACCAUGAAAGAAUAUGCCGAUUGGAGAGAAACAAUAGAAGCCUUCACAAAGAACUGAGUUCUCUAAAGAAAAAGGUUUCUGCACUUGAGCGAGGUCAUCGUAGCUCAGGAUCAGAGCAAUCAGGAGAUGACAAGAAGAAUUAGCCAGUGUUAUGUCAGCUUGAAGAAUGUUUAAGCAAUAUUUUAGUUUGUUUCAGAAAGAAAAAAAAUGUAUGUUUAAAAAUAACGUAAUGGAAGGAAAGAUUACAAUUGACAACUCUCACAUGUCAAUUAUUUCCAGUGCUUUAUGAAUCAUGUUGAAGUUGUUUGCAAUGUGGAUAAUAAUUUCUCAUGAACAGCAAAAGCAAGAUCUUAUUUUCAUUUUUUUCUAAUCACUGUGUGGUUCUAAUGUCAUGCAAAAUUGGAAUUUUGAAUCAGUGACAAGAUUUUUGUUCCUUGGUGUUGGGAAGUCUGUGUUAUUUGUUUCUGAUAAAUAAAUCUGUUUUCAAUGUUAAAAAAUAA